UUUGCCUACGGGCAGACUGCUUCAGGCAAAACAUAUACCAUGAUCGGUUCCAAAGAUGAUUUAGGAAUAAUCCCCAGGGCAAUUCAUGACAUUUUCAACAAAGUUAAGAAGUUUCCUGAUAGGGAAUUUCUCUUACGUGUGUCUUACAUGGAGAUAUACAAUGAAACCAUUACAGACUUACUCUGUGACACUCAAAAAAUGAAACCUUUAAUAAUUCGAGAAGACUUCAGUAGGAAUCCGUAUGUGGGUGAUCUCACAGAGGAAGUUGUUUAUACACCAGAAAUGGCUUUGAAGUGGAUCACAAAGGGAGAAAAGAACAGACAUUAUAGAGUUACGAAAACGAAUCAGAGAAGCAGUCGUUCUCAUGCUAUUUUUAGGAUGAUUUUGGAAAGUAGAGAGAAAGAUGAACCCUCUAAUUGUGAAGGAUCUGUCAAGGUGUCCCAUUUGGUGAGUGUUGAUGAACCAUGAUGAUGUACUCUACAG